AUGGGUCGAUGGGGCUGGCGUUUGUUCGAAGGUGACCAGGACCUUGAUGUCGCUUGCGGCUUGGUCGACGGUCUCGGCGUCAAUACCGAUUCCUGGGAGCACAGUUUGAGUGCGAUGGUCCAUCAAACCGACAUGCUCGCACCACCUGAGGCUGUUGCCUUCUACAUCACCCCUGAAUACGCCGACAAGCUAGCCAACGAAACCAUCCCGUGGGUCCGCCAGAAGCUCGACACUGACAACCUCGGAGACCGGCUGUUUGCUACGAGUCGUGCCCAGGAAGCAGACCCGGACGACUUCUUCCGAGAAAACAAGUACCGCACUAUCAUCCUGGGUGCUCUCAUGAUCCGUGCUGGUGCUCGUAUCAAGGCAGCGGAUCUGCAACAUCUACGUGAUCUAGUGCCCCAGAUCAACUGCACCUCCCGCCGAAUGAUGUUAGGGGACCAUGGUUUCAGAACUCCAGGAAAAGUUCAGUUCCUGGCUGCCUUGGAUCACUACCAGCCCGGUGUUCCACGUAGCUUCCAGGAGCCUAGCUGCUUCAUGUGCGGAAAGAUCGAGGAUGAUAUCGGUCACAGGCCUCUGCAAUGCAAGAAGUGCAAAGUCGCAACCUACUGCAGCAAGGAAUGCCAACGUGACCAGUGGCGCGAACACCGAGUGAGCUGCAUUCCCCGGGCCAACGCCGAAUGCUGA